GCGCUCCAUCCCCCCGGCUCUGCGCGUUGCUAGUGCUAUUCACGAGUGGAGUUGCGGAUUUUGCGUAAGCCCCUGCUCGCGCUGCAGCGCACACUCUCUCUCUACCUCCGCUGACAACGUCGCGAUUGCUACUCAGCGCGAGCGUUUUCGCGGAUGGGAAUCGGCUCUCAACGCUUUAAAGAUCUGUUUUGGUCUUCUCUCUAUCCAAGUAGGAGCUGACAACGAUUUCGAAACAUUUUAGCGACCUACGUAGAGUGUCCACGUUCCACUGUGGAUGUAGCUGAGCAAUACGCGCGCCUCAGAAUGCCACGGUGCCAGAUAAACGGAGGACAGCGAGCGAAAGCCACGCGCAGAGCCGUGGGAGAGACGGGAUCAAUUUAAAGGAGGGAGAGUGAGAGUGGGAGAAAGGAGAGGUUGAGGGGAAAAUACGGAGGAGAAUAAACGACAGGAGAGGAUACAUCUACUAAACAUCAGCAUCGCUUACUCAGAGACUGAAGAUAACCUUCUGCACAUGUUUGAGCAGGGGACAAUCAGCCAUGGUCAGCGCCUGAUUAAAGUCUCAUAUGCAUUUGUACGCGCACGCACGCUCGCUCGCUCGUUCGCUCGACAGGAUGAGAACAGCUGAUAAGAACUGACAUCAGUCGAAGAAAACGGACAAUUUACCCCGAACGGGGUGGAUCCAGCAGUCUGAAACAGCAUGAGGACACCGCCUCCAUCAAAGGCCAGCACUGACAGCACCGACAGUCAGACACCACGGCUGCAACAUCAACCAAAUAUCUGACGGUGUCUGAUUUUUGACUUUUCCGUCAACUCUCAAGUGUGGUGAAGUGAACACAUUCGGAUACAAGGAUAGAAUGGACUUUGUCAGGAAGUGAUUCCAGUAAUACUGCUGUGGUGCGUUGUUUUUUUUUUUUGGACCAAUCAACACUCUGGGAAAAGGGGCGGGGGGUCAUGAUCCUGUUGCCAUGUGGGCUGCCAUGGUGACCGGCUUGUCAAAUCCCACCCCCCUCCUCUGGUUGGUCCAACUUCUGUUGUGGCCACACCCCAGCGGACCUCAGCUGACAGCAGCCACGCCUCCGUGCCCCACCCCAUGCAGCUGCUCCAAUCAGGCGAGUCGAGUAAUCUGUACCAGGAGGGGAUUGGCUGAUGUGCCUGACAAUAUCUCGGAGAACACGCGAUACCUCAACCUGCAGGAGAACUCAAUCAAGAUAAUUAAGUCAGACACCUUCCGACACCUGCGACACCUGGAGAUCCUGCAGCUCUCCAAGAACCACAUCCAGCAGAUCGAGGUGGGCGCCUUCAACGGGCUGCCGGCUCUCACCACCCUGGAGCUCUUCGACAACCGGCUCACCGUGGUGCCGUCUGGCGCUUUCGAGUACCUGAGCAAGCUGCGCGAGCUGUGGCUGCGCAACAACCCCAUCGAGACGAUCAACUCCAACGCCUUCGCCCGCGUGCCCUCGCUGCGGCGCCUGGACCUGGGCGAGCUGCGCAAGCUGGUCUACAUCUCGGACAUGGCGUUCGACGGCCUGGAGAACCUGCGCUUCCUCAACCUGGGCAUGUGCGAGCUGAAGGACGUGCCCAAGCUGACGGCGCUGGUGAGGCUGGAGGAGCUGGAACUUUCCGGAAACCAGCUUGGCGUGCUGCGGCCGGGGUCGUUCCAGGGCCUGUCGGCGCUGCGCAAGCUGUGGCUCAUGCACUCGCGCGUGACCAUCCUCGAGCGCAACGCCUUCGACGACCUCAAGAACCUGGAGGAGCUCAACCUGUCCCACAAUUCCCUGCACUCUCUGCCGCACGACCUGUUCACGCCGCUGCAGCGUCUGGUGCGCGUGCACCUCAACCACAACCCGUGGGAGUGCAGCUGCGACAUCCUGUGGCUCAGCUGGUGGCUCAAGGAGGCGCUGCCCGACAACUCCACCUGCUGCGCCCGCUGCCACGCGCCUCCGCGCCUCAAGGGGCGCUACAUCGGCGACCUGGACCAGAGCCACUUCACCUGCUACGCCCCCGUCAUUGUGGAGCCGCCCACCGACCUGAAUGUGACGGAGGGCAUGGCGGCCGAGCUCAAGUGCCGCACGGGCACCACCAUGACGUCGGUCAACUGGCUGAGCCCCAACGGCACGCUGAUGACGCAUGGCGCCUACAAGGUGCGCAUCAACGUGCUACACGACGGCACGCUCAAUUUCACCAACGUCACCAUGCAGGAUGCCGGGCCGUACACUUGCAUGGUGACCAACGCCGCCGGCAACACGUCAGCGACGGCGCUGCUCAAUGUCUCGUCGGCGGCCGACCCCACCAGCAUCUACACCUACUUCACCACUGUCACCGUGGAGACGCUGGAGGUGAACGACUCGGCGCGCCAGUACGUCAAUGAGUCACUUAUUCCUGGCGGGACUAUGCCGGGUUCCGUGGACGGGAGGACAGUCUAUGGCACAGUGCCCCCCAAUGGCCCCUCGCAGCCCCCACUUUCACCGCGAGACAAGGUGACAGAAAAGGCCUUCACCGUGUCCAUCACGGACGUGGCCAACUUGUCGAAGCUGGAAGACGUGAUGAAGACCACCAAGAUCAUCAUCGGCUGCUUCGUGGCCAUCACCUUCAUGGCGGCCGUCAUGCUGGUAGUCUUCUACAAGCUGAGGAAGCAGCACCAGCUGCACAAGCACCACGGCCCCGCCCGCGCCAUCGAGAUCAUCAACGUGGAGGACGAGCUCACCGGCGGCAACGCCAGCGGCAUCUCCGGCGGCUCCACGCUGCACCGCAACACGGCGGGUUGCGUCUCCGCCGGCGGCGGUGUCUGCCACGAGCCCGAGAUCGUCACGCUGCCCAACAUCGGCCGCGCCGACCUCAACCACUACUACAAGAGCCACACCUUCAACAACAACGUGAUGGGGCUUAGCCUGGGCUCCAAGAGCAGCCCCCCCAGCUUGAGCCCCCAGGGGAAGAUGGGCCAGGAGUGUCUGGAGUCCAAACACAGCCCCCCGACCCUGUCCCUCCACAUGGGCCUGCACUCCUCACUCAAGGCCCAGAACUCGCACAUGGAGCCGCUACUGUUCAAGAACAGCUCGAAGGAGAACGUGCAGGAGACGCAGAUCUAAAGGAUUUAAACAGGAGAACGAGAACAAAAAAACUAAAACGAACAAACAAAGGGAACAACAUGUACACAGACGCCUGUGCAGAGACGUGAACAUGAAUCCACGCACAUACACACACACACACACACACACACACACACACACAAACACACACACACACACACGCACACACACACUCACACACACACACACACACACAAGCACACACACAUGCACACACACUUACACCCACCUCACUGACAUGCAGACAUGAGAUCUAACGGAGCAUGGAACAUGGUUGACGUUUGAGUGAGGUACGCUAUGCUAAGACAUUGCCUUAACUUGCGAGGGGGUGAUGUAGAGCAGACAGCAGGGGAGAGGAUCUCACAGACGAGUGACAGAUAAGCAGUCCUUCUCGCCGCCUCUGUUGUUGUAAAGGAAUACGGACACACCGCCACAGCGUAUAUAUGUGCCAAAGCAACGUUCUUUUUUGCAGUUUCUACGAGUUGUAUCUGCGUAUUCAAAAAUGAAAACAAUACAAAACAAACAAAAAAAAAGAAACAAAAAGAUAUAGUCUAUCCAAGUAGCUUAACUCCGAAGUGUUCGUUUGCCACAGUUGAGACACGCACAGCACUCAUUUACGUGGAGUUCUGGGAGAGAACUGUUUUAGAACAUUUGAAGAACACAUUGCUCUCUCCGCGUUCUGCUUACAUGGCAGAGGAGCCCAUGGGAACUCUCUAGAACCGAGAGAUGGACAAAAGGAACUACUGUGAAAAAAAAAAAAUCAUCAAACACACAAAUCUAUUUUCUUUUAAAUUUGUAAUAUGCACAUUAUUAUACGUAUGUAAAUGGGCAAGUGGGGGGAUUGAGAAGACUGGACUCUGCAGAGGCUACUGAAACCAGACAGUGUUUAAAAACCCCUAUAACUACCCCCUCUUAACAGUUAGCCCUUACCCUAAUCUUUAUUCACAGACCCCCCACCCCACCCCCAACUCAUAACUCUCCUAGUUGUCUGUUCAACUGUCUGAGCCAAUCCUAACCUGUCACCUCCGGCCUCUAGCAUGACUCAUCAAAGGUCAGCUCCACAUACUUAGUCAUUCCAUCCGUGCUUAGCCUGGGCUGCCAUUCCUAAUCAUCCCAUACCUUACAUCCAGGGACAUAAAUAAAUUAGUCGAAUCGGGUGGAAGUGACCAAGGACUAGAAAGGGGGGUCUUAAGGAGUACAGUACCUUUCAAUUAACAAACCAUUCUUCAUGACGACUGAAGAGUUAAAGCCCUAUGAGUGGUGUUAGCCAGUUUUGUUAGCGUUUUUGUUUUUGCCAAGACAUAGCCUCAGUGUGUGGUGUGCAGGCAAAAUUAUUGGCUAGCAAGGAUGACCAUCCCUUUCAAAGAUUCCUGAUCGAUUAAUACCAACUGUAGAUCGUAGACAGUGACAUUUCUUGUUUAUUUUUUCUCAGAGCAUCUAUGUUCUUGAUGGCUUAGCUAGCUGAUGUAAAGCAGUCAGCAUCAGCUUUUCAAAAACCUAUCGCUCACAGCAGCUGUGACUACCGUGAAGUGUUACAAAAAAAUGAAAUCCUUCCUCUCUGAGAGCAAAUCCCAAGACUGAGAGGCCGAGUUCACUCGAAGCUGGACCUGUGUAAGCUCCCUCCUGCUGUGAUGUUGUCCUCCUCAGAACGCAGCUGACUCUGCAACCAAUCUGAUGCCGGCGCCACACCGCGCCCAGGCCAAAGUCGGGCCAGGCCUGGUUCUAUGGUCGGCUGCUAUCUGAGAUGGGCUUACAGAGGCUUUAUUCCUAAGGCUAACGGCUAAACCUGGCGUUGUGUUACUCAGAUAGGGAGGGAGAGAGAGGGGUGAGGGAGGGGGGGAGUGAGGAGCUGAGUCAUGCACUUCAGCUUUCUUCUGGUGUGUCCUUUGUCACGCACUGUGCACACACACACACACACACACACACACACACUCUCUCUCACAAACACAUUCUCAGUACAUUCUCAGGCACAGCUUCCCUCCCCAGCCAGCCAAACACACAAGUUUGUGACGUCCGGCGUCCGCCAGUCACCAGUCAAUCGCGAGUUUGGGGUGAUGUGAAGCGUCAGGAGAACAGAUGGAGAGCGAGCGAGAGUCAUCUGAAAUGGGGAGGGAAGGGGUGGGGGGGACCCCCCACUGUCCGCCAUUUUUCCUUGAACAGCUGUGAGCUCCUGUGAGCCGACAUUAGAUCCCAUCAAGACGUGGCAGAGACAUACAGGGGUUUCACUCCGUCAGGAGUGGAGUCGGCGAGCCGGCCGAGCCCCGCCACUCCCCGCCAUACCCUUGAUUAAGCGGAGCUUAGGCGGUUGACUGCUGGCGGGAGAGUGCAAAAGCGAUGACAUUAUAUUGAGGCGGGUGUUAUGGAGGAUUACCUUCUAUAAUUCCUCCCGGCCAGUCACAUGCUCGGAACACGUGCGCCCCCGAGGGGUGACCUUCCACUUCCUUCCUAGGUGUGCAGCAUCGCUGGGGGAGCCCGCCCUGGAAGCUCCAGGUCCAGGUGCUGGAGGUCCACCAUACGACAGGGUCUUUAGUCGCAAGCCCAAGCGCAGCGCUCCUGGCUCCUGGCUCCUGCCAAUCAGGUGUUUCUCUCGAAGGGCUUGUAGAUGAUUCAGGUGGGUUUGCGUUGCAGACUAGGACCCUAAAGGAGGGUAGGGUCACCAGGAGUACGACUGGUCUGGCCCUCGUCUUGCUUCCAUUGUUUACGUAUAUUCAUUGAGCAGAUGGUUUUAUCCAAAGUGACUCACGGUGCAGUAUAUCCUUAUCAGUAUGCACUCCUGUGCUCUUGCAGUACAGGACACAUUAUGGCACAGUGUGUGCGCUCACCGGGUACCAAACUAAUGAUCCUGUAAGGUUGAGUUGUUGACUGAAGGCCCCUCAUCUCUGUAUACUACUCUACAGUUGCACAUACAGUAUUCACUUAGCACACCCUUUAGUGCUCAGUGACUCACUCAAACAGGACACAUUUUCAUCGGCCUCUGUGCCCUUUGGCAUGAAAGCCAUCAUCUUUCAGUUGCUAGCAUCUUAGUAUGCUGGUUACUCCUUUAGUUGAGCUACAGGAACACGCUAAUUGAAGCAAGUGACAGAAGACAAGUCACCCAGAGUGUGUGUGUGUGUGUGUUUUCAGGAGUGAAAUGUCAACCAGGCGCUUGGGACAGAGGUCCAGAAUAGAAUCAUUCUCACGCCAAAAGUCAUUCCAUCUUGCCUGCUACACUAGCUAAUAACAGAACAGUGGCAGUCAUCUGUUGAGUGCAUUACAGAAUUCAGGGAAAAAUCGGCUUUUGCCUGCCAUGGCUCAAGUCUGUUAUACCCAUCCUAACCUAACUGCUUCUUUCAUCCUGAACCCUAACCUCAUGAACCCCUAACCUUAUUAACCUUUGACCUUUGACUCGCAAACCCAUGUUGCUAACUCUGACCCCUGUGCCCCUAACCUCCCGCCAUGACCCUUUCAUUACCUGCUCCUCUGCUUCAGUCCAGGUGGUUUGUUUUACGCAAAAGGAACUAGGCUCUAUGGGGGUUUAUAAAUGACCAUUGUGUGAAAGUGAACACCUCAUCGGAAAGGAACGGGUUAGCGAGGAGGCUAACCUUGCUAAGGGUGGGACCUUGUUACCGGGGCGACUCAUGGCGUUGCCGUGAUGUAUGAAGUGGUGAGGGGCGGGCGGCGACAUGUUUGUUCGGUGGACCUGCAAUGGAACAUGCAAAGCAAAGCGAGAGAAAAAAAAAUGAUUUAACAUGCUUCAUUCUUUGUGUUUGUCUGUCUUUGUUUUAAAUUAAAAAGAGUGCAGUUUAUAGUAGCUAAUUGUAAUAUUUACUGAUAUUAUUAUAACUGUUAUUAAUGUUCUGUUCUCAUGUCCAAUGGAAUUGCCAGCACAUUAAACAGAGAGAAUUUUUACA